AUGCGUGGCGCAGUUGUCGGAGCAGAGUACGUUUACGUUGGAGAGGCGGAUAUCCACGGCCAACCUCAUGAUAGGCGAACAGGCGCUGCCCAUAGGACGCCCAUGGGACGCUGCCGGGUUGUUGUAACUGUAGCCCAAAACGGACUUCUGGGGCUUGGACGCUCCAAAGACGAUGAGACCGGGGCGGAGGGCAACAAUCCGGCAGACUCCAAGGAACUGGGAUCGAACGCACAGGACAAGAUGUCGCUGAUGCUCGUCAACGUUUUGUCGUGGCUGCGUCUUCCGGCAGGGUCCAGGGAAGGUAUCUCUCUGAAAGGACUUCUAGGACACCAGUACUUCGCCCCGCUUCGGCACACGGACAUUGAAAGCGAGAUCCCGAGCGCAUGGAGAACCUUCAUGGAUCAAGGGAAAGAAGUUUAGCUACAAGUGGCGAUACUCCAGUUGGGAAAGUUGUAACCAAUCGGUAUGAGGGUCAAACGAGCUGGGAAACAGGGAACGGCGCUGCUGCUAAGUUGUGUUCAUAUUGCAGAAUCGCUAUUCGUACACUGUUGGCGUCGAGGGUGUGCGUUGCAACGCUCCCGCUGGCUCCUUGCCGAAACAUCCACUCUUGAAAUCGCAGGAGGCGGAAAUGGGUUCAGGGGUCCUUCAACACCAUGAGGAAUGCCGCAUCAAGUAGGAAACCACCGAAUACUUCGCACAAAGCGAGCGAAUCAAAAAUCCAACCCAGGAGCUAUAUAGUCGACAGGUGAGGAGGACCCUGAUAUAUCUCGACAGAGCGCCACUACGGCUACGUUUACAAAUACAACGGUGGCUUUGAUAUCUGGUGGGAGCCGUUGGGCACGGCUACAAAAACUGUCAUCAACCCGAUUUUCCAAUCGCCAUCAACAACUCUCACCACCCAAUACGGAUGUGGAAGACGCGCCAGCCAAGGAACAUUGCAACUUGCAAGGCGGCUUGAAACGGGAAACCACACUAGAACACAGGCCUUCCCCCCC